GAUAGAAAGCAAAGGCCGCGGACGGAGGAGAGAGAGAGAGAAAAAGUCUCAAAGACAAAAGCCAUGGAUCGUCAUCCUCCUCCUCAUUCCCGUCGCUUCUCUCUCUACCAACCACCUUCCUAUUUUUCUCUCUCCCUCCUCUCCAUCUUCAUCUUCUUCUGCUUCCUUUCCACGUCCGAUGCCGCCUUCGACGUCACCCCCAUCUCCUUCGACGAGGGCUACCGGCCUCUCUUCGGCGACGGCAACGUCGUCCGCUCCCCCGCCGGCGACGGCGUCCGCAUCCUCCUGGACCGCUUCACCGGAUCCGGGUUCAUUUCUUCCGAUAUGUAUCAACAUGGGUUCUUCAGCGCGAAGAUCAAGUUGCCGUCCGACUACACCGCCGGCGUUGUCGUCGCUUUCUAUACGUCGAACGGCGACGUGUUCGAGAAGACGCACGACGAGCUGGACAUAGAGUUCCUGGGCAACAUAAGGGGCAAGCCAUGGAGGUUUCAGACCAACGUCUACGGGAACGGGAGCACGAGCCGCGGGAGGGAAGAGCGGUACACGCUCUGGUUCGAUCCCACCAAGGAAUACCAUCGCUACAGCAUCCUCUGGACCGCCAACAAGAUCAUAUUUUAUGUGGAUGAAGUGCCCAUUAGAGAGAUAGUGAAAAGUGAGGCAAUGGGUGGUGACUUCCCAUCGAAGCCCAUGUCCCUCUACGCCACCAUUUGGGACGCCUCCGACUGGGCGACCUCCGGUGGCCGAUACAAAGUCAAUUACAAGUACGCACCAUUUGUGGCUGAGUUCAAGGACCUCGUCCUCGAGGGCUGCAUGGCCGACCCAAUCCGGCAACUCCCGGCCUCGGGCUGCCAUGCGAAGGAUGCCCAGCUUGAGGCCAGGGACUUCGCCACCAUCACGUCGUCCCAGCGCCGCGCCAUGCGCCGGUUCCGCGAGCGGUACAUGUACUACUCCUACUGCUACGACACUCUGCGGUACCCUGUCCCACCGCCAGAGUGCAUGAUCAUCCCAUCGGAGAAGGCACGGUUCAAGGACACUGGGAGGCUCAAGUUUGGCGGCAGCCACAAGCGCCGGUCAAGGCGGAGGGAGCGGAUCCCAGCUGCGUCAGUCUCGGAUAAUCAGGCCUCUAUGUGAUGGGUCAUACAAUAAUCAUAUAUGUAAAUUGGCUUCACUCUCUUAUAGAAAUUUGUGGAAUAAUUGAGGGGAUGAUAUAGUUUGGUCCGUGAAUAUAUUCUUUUCAUUCUUUGUGUGGAUAUGUGUACGGUUGCCUCGAUUAAAUAAUCUCCAAAGAUAGAUUUCGAUUUGCCUCUAGUUGGAGGGAAUAUAUUCUAAUUGAGCGAUGUUAGUCCCAA